CCAUAGUAUCCCUAUGUGCUUUGUUAUCGUCAAGAAAUGUAAAUUAUUUUGAAAAAAUUUCAAAUAGCCCUGAAGAAUCUUCAAUUAAUUUUGAAAGCUCUAAUAAAUUAACCAAUAAUCCUGAUGUUCCAAUAUCAAAUGUAAAUAAAGAGCAUGAUCUCACGAACGAAGACUGGACAAUGGAGAUGGUCAUUGAUGCAAAUGGAAAUCCUAAAAAAUAUUUAAAUUCUUAUGAUUAUGCUGGAUACUUAAAAAUACUUCGUGAACAACAUAAUAUAAUGCUUUAUGAUAUUAUUGAUAGAGCUGAUUUGGCUGUUGCCAACACCAGUGUCUAUUCUGUUACAUUAAAACCUCAACUCGCCCCAUCUAACGAUCCACACGAUUAUAU